AUGGAUGCCGAGCAAGCAGCUGGGGUCCGGCACAGGAGGCUUUGGGGUCCUUUGGCCCUCGCUGCUGUGGCCCUGAAGAUCCUGGGCCAAGGUGCUCCUCCCGGCUUUUGCGCGCCCGUGCAUCGGACAAGGGGGCAGACUCUUGCCCAGAGUGCACUGGCCUCGCGGGAAGUGUUUGCCGAGGAGGAGAGGAGCGAUUACGAAGAGGAUUCGAGUGAACCGGAGGAUGACCUCGGAGUCCCAAAGCUCACGAGGUCAGCAUUCAAGCUGGAGACCUCCAGACAAGAUGCAGACAAGCUCGACAUCGACGCAGUUAGCGCUAUGGUACAAGGCGAGCUGAGCAAUGCUGGCUUCAAGGUGCAGAUGCACGACGGUCAGCCAUCGAUGGAUCUGAUUGGAGCUGGGGAUGCGGAAGUCCUCCGGGCGGCAGCCGCAGCUUUGCGACAGCACGCGUUGCGACGGGAGCCUCCGACUGAGGAUUUGAUGGAGUCGCUGCAGGACUUGCUUGCAGAACAGCAGGUGGAUCCUCUGGUCGUGUCAUCGCUGAUGUGGUCCUGUGGAAGGCUGGUGGCAGACACCCGUCCUCUCUUGCCGACCCUGCGAGAUGUCGUCGUCGAGGCCGCUCGAGAUAUGAAUGCGCAGAACUUGACCUCCUGCUGGUGUUCUGCUGCGAAUUUGCAGCCUUAUGCAGAGGAGGUGGAUGAGAUGAUUCCGGCCUUGCUCAGUGCUGUUCUACCCAAGGCUGCCGACUUGCAGCCAAGCCAGCUCGUGGCCUUCAUUUGGGCAUCCGGCAAGUUGGACCUUCGGCAGGAUGAGGUCGCGCAGAUCAAUGCCUUGCCGAAGCGCCUUCGCAGAUUCGAACUAGAGAUACUUCCUCUGAAGGACAUAGCCAACUUUGUUUUCGGCCUGUCGCAGCUGGACUUCAGGGAUAUGGAUGUGCUGGGCAUGAUCGCAAAGACGGCCGCUGGGAGGGUGGCCAAGUCAAAGCGUAAGGAAGCGCACCAGGACUUGCCAAUGAUCGUGAUGUCGCUGACGCGCUUGGGCUAUAAGGACGUGCAGAUGAACCUGCUCCUUGACGCUGUUGCAGAUCGGCUACAGAAGACUCGCAUGUUGAAGAAGAUGCCCGACUGGAGCCUGGCAGCGCUCUUCUGGGCCUGGCCACAGGACGGCUCGCUGGAGGGGGUCAGGAACAUGCAGGAGCUUCUAGCGCCAGAGGUGCAGCAAAGGAUGCAGAAGAACAAGUUUACGAGUCGAAUGUUGGAGAGGAGUUGGAUGGGUCCUGCUGAUGCGGUGGGCGUCCAUUCGCCUUGCGGUGCCCCGAGGAGGUUUGGUGGAAUGACGACGCAGACGGAGGAGCAAAAGCAGCAGAGUCGAUGGGAUUACCCGAUCAACGACGCGACGAAAGGAGAGGUCCGAGCAAGGCCGGGAUUGAAAUGGCAGGAAGUUGGACAACUCACACUCAAUGUGGGCGACAUUGUGUGGGUCCUUGAAGAGGAGGACGGCUGGUGCGGUGGUCACAAGGAUGGUGACGACAAUACUGGCUGGUUCCCAGCGUCGAUUAUCAACCGGAUUCCUCGAGGCGACUGCCAAGAGGAUGACGAAGAUGACAGGGCCUUGUACACCAGUGACCACCGAGCAGCUCAGCUUGAGCUGGCGGAGACCAAGCAGCGCCUGGAAGCGGCCACACCGGCAGGUUUGACAGUCAUUCCCAGGGCAAGCCGCAAGCCGUCAGAAGAGGUGCAUCAUACCCGCUUUCCAGCUGCUUUGUUGGAGGCCGGCCGAUCCAUGGCACAGAACGCGCUCCGCCUCAGACAGGGUGAGAAGCACUCGCAUGUGUACAUCAUCAGAAGUUUUGGUCGUGCGAAAACUUUCCGGGAAAUGACGUGUGGUAUCUUAGAGAAGCUGCUGCCCUGUCUUGGUGUGUGUUUGCUGGCCGUGGCAGUGGACGAUCCAGAGCUGGAGAUUUACCGACAGAAUGCAGGACCCUGGAAAGACCGAAUGCUUGUUGGUGUUCGUGGAGCCGAGCGGCAAGUUGCCUUCAUCGACCAGAUAAUGCCGAAGGGCCCAAGCUUCAGUGCUCCGGUCAUGGUGCUGGACGACAACAUUCUCAAAUUCAUGGACCGUGGUGAGACACUGACGAAGGGUCUGGACGAUCUCGUGGGCCUGGGCUUCGACUGCAUGCAGCGCGUGGGCGCAUCUGUUUGGUCUGUCAGCGACUCACCAAAUCCUGCGCACUGGAGUGACGAGGUAGAUGUGGGCAUUGGGCUCGUGUAUGGAGCUGCCUUUGGAAUGCUGGCAAGCCAUGAGGACUCUCGGUACUCGCGGUUUGGUCAGGUGCUGGACGAUGUGGAGAGGUCCUGCCGCUUCUAUGAGCAAGAUGGCAUGACCGUUCGCUUGGGCAGGCUGCAGGUGUACAAGAGGCAUGCGCCGGGCAUCUUCCAUGCAGACAAAGGCGGCAUCUCCGCCAGUCUCUCGGCAAAGGCUUUCGCAGAGGAGGCAGACCGGGCCAAGUCUGCUUUACUUCGUCGCUUUCCACAACUGCUCGAGGCCACAAGCAGCAAGCUCGGCCUGCGAUUUCGGCACGGAAACCGGAGCAGGGCUCCCUCCUUCAUCCUGUAUCUGGCCAUGACUUGGCGCCGCGAGCCUCAGGCAGCACUCGGAACCUGUCAGGCUGAAUCCGAGCGUCGACGUUUGGAGGAUGUGGUCAAGGGACUGCAGAAAGAGAAAAAUGACUGGGAGCACGAACGGCGGAGUAUGAUCAAGAGAUACGAGGAGCUCCAACAUUCCAAGGUCCAGUCGGCCCAGGAGGAGGCCAGGCGGAAGGAGGAGGAGCUUCGGUCACAGAAAGAGCUCAACAAGAUCUUGGAGGCAGAUCUCCGGUCGGAGAAAGGAAGCGCCAACAGCCUAAAGGGCAAGCUGAAGGAGCUCGAGGAGCACUGCAGAAAGCUUAAAGUGGAGGUCGAUCAUCUUAAGACUCGGCAAACAGACGCUGCGAGCAGGGAGGACCCCAUCGGCGGUAGCACCACAGGCAUCUCCCGCACAUAUGCUGGAGACAGUGGACACCGUACGCCCUCUGUUCCUCACACCGUCUCCGCCCUAGGCACCGCCCGCCCCUUGCGCCAGCAUUGCGCCAACCUCUUCCAUGACAUCGGUUGGACUUGGCCAGGCUGCGCUUUGGCUUUUACUCGCUUUUGCCAUGCGCGGUCACCCCGGGAGGUCUCCGCCUCUCCGUUGUCGGCCAGGCCCAGGGCCGCCAUGGGCCGCCGCUUGGCCUCUUGUGCAGAGCGACGGCGCGCUGCAGGCAGCCGGCCGGGGCCGGGCUGGGAGCGAGACACGCGUGACCAGCUUAGUAGAGAUCAGGGCGAGGUGAGACAAGCGUUGGAGCAGUUUGACUCAAUUUUUUGCUGUUGUGAUGCCUCUGAGUUCUCCCCGUCACGCCUCCUGGAUGUCAGUCGCUUAGCCUGUCUGCCUCACCUUCGGCAGCGCAUCCCGAGUCAGCGCGAUGUGACAUUGGACUCGGUUUCACAUGUUGCGCCGGUUCGCAAGCUGGUCUCUGAGAUCGAGAAGAGGAGCAACAGCCAGGGUGCUCCCACCACCAGGGAAGCGACGCCCAUCAAUCGGCAGCUGGUUUUCCCGGCUGCGGCACCAAGUGUUUCCUCACUUUGUACAGUUCGACGGCCCAUGGCCUCAGUCCCUAUUCUAACGACCGGACAUGUCUCCAUGACAUCAGCGGUUCGAGCCGGUUCACGCGAGGGUCAACCCGUGGCUCGGACCAUGCGAACGGUCACGCAGAGCUCCUCGCGCUCGGCCUUCCAGGUGGAACCGGAGCCCGAGACACCAAACGCAUCUCCGAAUGUGACGCACAUGGAGGACCCAUCUCGAAACUUUGGCAUGUCUCCGAUCAAGCGCCCGGCGCCUGCAAUCUCCUGCAACCGGCACUGCCGAAGCGUGGUCCAGAGUGACAGGGCACCCGAUGACGUACUCACCUCCGUCGCGGCCAAUCUCUGUACAGGACAGGAUCCGACAAUUGAAUGCAAGCCGUUAUCGUUGAGCGAAGAGCUCCACGAGCCCUUCCUUAUCAACGCUGAACUUUAG